AUCAGCUGUGUCCAAUCACAGCUGAUCACAUGUAAAUAGGGAAAUGCCGGUUAUCGGCAUUUCACUCCUCACGAGCUGUCACGCCGACAGUGAUGAUCAGUGUGCCCUGAUGAUCAGUGUGGCCCCAGAAGUGCCACCUGUCAGUGCCCAUCAAUGCCAGCUGUCAGUGGUCAUCUAUGCCACCUGUCAGUGCCCAUCAGUGUCUCAUCAAUGCCACAUAUCAGUGCCCAUCUGAGCUGCCUUUCAGUGCCACCUAUCAGUGCCAGUCAGUGCCACCUAUCAAUGCCAGUUAGUGCCGCCUAACAGUGCCAGGCAGUGCCGCCUAUCAGUGCCAUAUAUGAGUGCUGCCUUUCAGUGCCCAUCAGUGAUGCCUGUCACUGCCCACCAGUGGCACCUACUAGUGCCUCCUCAUCAGUGCCCAUCAGUGCCUCCUAUCAGUGUCCAUCACUGC